CAUUUAUCACAAAACGCGACAAACCACAGGCAGUUACUAAUGAAACCCUAAGCCACCCUUGGCCCCUGCGCUUUGCGACAGGGGCCCUGAGGUUCUUUUGGGAGCCCCUCAAAGGAGCCCCUCGUUACAACGCUUUAUAUUUCCUGGAUUUCCUGCAACAAACACAACGCAUAAGCCGAGCAUUUCAACGUCACGGGUGUUGCGUUGUGGCCCUUGCUUCAUUGCUACGCUUGAAACAUUGCGGUUCCCAGCUGCGCUCUUUACCGCUCGCUGGAUCUACAUUCUUUUGAUAUGGCGUGCCCAUUUGUAGCGCUUCUAACAGCGGGCAAGGAGGUGAAGGGGCAUCCACAAUCAUCAGGUCGCUUAUCCCUGAGUCAUGGCCUCUCGUCGCCGACGCUACAUGGACACGUAGACGCAAUGAGCCGCACAAUAAGCUUGCCCCAAAUCCACGGGGCCACGCUCGGCGACAGCAGCAGCCCCUCGCUGCCGCGGCACGCAUCUUCCUCCUCGUCCUCGUCGUCUGACGCCACAGCGACUGCAUCCGUUCCCACCGCUUCCAGCUCACGCACAGCAAGCAGCUCGCUGCCACACAUUGAGCCGCCGCCCACCGGCGCCCCGAUCAUUGCGGCGCAGCGCAUGACGCGGCGGCAGCUGCGGAAGCUGGGCCGAAAUUUUAGCCUGCAAGAGGUUCGGCAGCACGCAGCCAAGGACGACGCCUGGAUCGCGGUGGACGGCCGCGUGUACGACAUAACCGAGCACCUGGUUAACCACCCGGGCUGGCACGACAACGCCGCCAUCUCCACAGUUCUGUCCAUCCUGGCGCAUGCGGGUAGCGAUUGCAGCCAGGAGUUCCGGGAGAUACAUCGUCCGUACCCCGUGGCGUGGCGGCAGUUGGCAGCCUACUACAUUGGUGACCUUGAGGGCGCAGCAGGCACUGCUGCAGCCUGCUCCCUGACCUCGUCAGCGUCAGUGGCACAACUGGGGGCCCUGGCGGGAGGCGGCGGCGGCGGCGGCAGUGGCGGCAAGGGCCUGCCGCACUCUCAGUCCGCUCCGUCAUUAGAAGCGGCUGCGCGCGGUGGGCAGCAGCGGCCUGUGGAUUCCAGGGAUAUGGCGCAGCAACUCCAGAAUCCAAGCUAGCAGUCAAGCACGGAAAUACAGUGUGAUCUUAUGCAUGAUUGCUCCGUUGCUCUUCGGGACGCACAUACAUGCAGCGCGAGACUAGUGCGGUGACGGUUAGUUAGUUGUCGAAGCUGCUGGGUACGUAUGGGUAUGUUUUAUUCUUUUAUACAUGGAGUCUGCAACUACAUGAUGCAAUGCACGGGCAGGUGGGGUGAGGGGGAGCACGGUGUCUUGAGUUUUAGGACCCUGUAGUACAUUUAGUACCUGUACUUUUUUUGUGGCGCUUCCUUGAUUGCGUGGGCGCAGCCCACUUUUCCCAUGCGAGGGGAGUCAAAUAUCUUGUCCCGAUUGCAAAUCACGCCGCCCGGCCUAGGCCUGUGAUGUGAGGAGCUGUCAGACCGGCGGUUUGUGCAGUGCUGUACCUCUUACACCGUCCCGG